AUGUGUGCCCUAUUGCCGCUUUUGAUUUCCCUUCCUCCAUCUCCAUUUCAAUUGAAUAGAUGUACUAGGGCAAUCCUUGGGGGAGAUAACGGCGUUAAUCUGGCGAUGCGGCUCCUGCAGAGAAUGGGUUCUAUUUUGUUCUUUGUCGCGGCCGAUUACUACCGUCGGAGACCGAGAGUAAGCAAGCGAGUGAUCCCUAGGCUGGAUGAGGCGGCAACGGAGUCCGGCAGCGGUGGCAGGAAGGUGGAGAGGUUCUCGCACUGUGUGGUGAGGCAGUAG